CCUCCCCGCCGACAGUUCGAUACGAGUCGUAGGGAGAAAAGUGAUGUUAAAAGAAGAAGCGUUUUCGUCUAGGAAAAGAAUAUCGACAAAGCGUUGGUGUCCUUGGUGGAGAUAGUAAAGGCGAAAUCAAAUAACAUGAUAAAACACCUUCCAAAAAACCAUACUCAAAUACAAUAAAUAAGUCGCGUAACAAGAUCUCGUUAGUUUAAGCUGAAAGAAUAGGAACUUCUUAACAAUGGGUAUGAAGGGGAACAGUUCCAUCGUAGAUCUGGAGAGCCUCAAGGCACUAGUGAGCCCGUCCGGGCCAAAAAUCAUAGUGGACAAGGUGGUCAAAGAGGGUUCCGUACUCCUGCUUCCUGGAGCCAAAAGGAAAAGAGGGAGUUCUUUUCGACAGGUUUGUGCAUCUUUAUUGGCCAAUAUUGGUACAAUUAACACAGGAAUGGCAUUUGGCUUUUCUGCCAUUGCUCUUCCACAGAUGCAAGAUGCAGCCAGUGAUUUUAAGAUUGAUUCUGGCCAAGCAUCAUGGAUUGCAAGUUUAUCAUCUGUGACAACACCGAUUGGUUGCAUUUUGAGUGGCUACUUGAUGGAUGCAAUUGGUAGGAAAAGAAUCCUCAUACUUACCCAGUUUCCACUCAUUGCCGGUUGGCUGAUGAUUGCAUCUGCUACCACGGUCCCAAUGGUAUAUGCAGGACGAUUGCUCGUGGGAUUAGGCUCUGGAAUGGUCGGUGCUCCAGCAAGAGUGUACACUGCAGAAGCAACACAGCCACAUCUCAGAGGAAUGCUCGCUGCACUGGCAUCAGUUGGAGUCUCACUUGGAGUUUUGAUUGAAUAUGCAUUGGGGGCCGUAUUCCAAUGGCCAAUUGUUGCUUUGCUGAGCAGCAUGGUUCCUACAAUUGCUCUAGUUGGUUCAUUCUUGCUACCCGAAUCACCUUCCUGGCUAAUGUCAGCAGGACGAGAGGAAGAUUGUAAAGCAGCAUUGGAAAAAUUACGAGGGCCAACUUGCGAUGUAGAAUAUGAAGCAAGCCAACUGGUUUCUUUUGCACAUCAACACAACAUACACAAACCUACUUUGAAAGAAACUCUCAAAGGCCUAGUCCAUCCCUCAGCUUAUAAACCAUUCUUCAUACUUGCUUUUUACUUCUUAAUUUAUCAAUUCUCAGGGGUCAACCCUAUCACGUUCUAUGCAGUACAAAUUUUCCAAGACUCUGGAGCCUCAAUUGAUAAAAAUGUUGCAACUGUGAUAACUGGAGGUGUCCGUUUAGUAUUUACUAUUGUCUCCUGUGCUAUGUUGAGAAGAUGUGGCAGAAGACCUUUAACUUUUAUAUCAAGUAUUGGCUGUGGUAUUCCUAUGGUACUUCUUGGUACUUACAUGUACUACAAAGCAAGGUGGAUUGAAUUAGGUGAACCUCUUCAAAUGACAUGGGUUCCAGUGUUCGCACUACUUGUUUUUACAGCAGCCUCUGUAAUGGGCUAUCUUGUCGUACCCUGGGUUAUGAUUGGAGAAGUAUUUCCGACCCAGGUAAGAGGAGUUAUUGGAGGAAUCACUUCCUGCAGUGCACAUUUCUUUAUAUUUUUCGUCGUCAAGACAUACCCUAUGUUGCAUGAUGGGAUCGGCAGUUAUGGCACUUUUUGGUUGUACGGAGGGAUUUCUCUCCUUGGAACCAUUUUCUUCUAUGCAUUUCUACCAGAGACAAAAGGCAGGACGUUGCAAGACAUUGAAGACUACUUUUCUGGGAGGACAAAAUCACUUAAAAACCCAACAAAACCAUCAUCGAACAAACACCCUGCUAUCAUCCAAGUUCCAAAAGGAAGCAGUUUGCCUUAAAAGCAUCGUGUUCACCUUUAUUUUUAUAAUAAAAGCAAUAAUUUAUUGAGUUAUAAAAUAUACAUUUUCAACACAAAUGGUUAGGGAUUGAUUUUGGAAUCUGCACAUCAUACUUAUAUUUCAGUGCUUUCCUAAAAGUUGUGAUUUUUGUAGCUUUAGAUUUCAGAUUUAUGUUUCUAAAAGCGUAUUAUUAAGUUAAUUUAAUUUUAAUUAAGUGAUAGAGGAUCUAUGUGGUCAAAAGACUGAUGCAAAAAGCCAUAUUGCAUAAAAACAAUAAAUAGUGAUAGUUAUAUAAUUUUGUUAAUACACUAUAUUUUAAAUUUGUACUACUUUUUAUACAAAAUGUAAAAUAAUGUUUUCCCAGUAUUUUUUAAUAGUUGAUUGUGAUUGAACAUUAAUUAUAAGGGAUAUGUAUUAUUAAAAAAUAAAAUUUUAUACCUUA